AUGCUGCCCUACGCGACGGCGGCGGAGGCGGAGGCGGCGCUGGGCCGGGCCAUGACGCCCGCCGAGGCGCUGUGGUUCCGCUACACCGCGGGGGUGUCCGACUACCACCUGUACUGCUGCAACAUCCUCUUCCUCUUCGUCGUCUUCACGGUGGCCCCGCUCCCCUUCGCGCUCCUCGAGCUCCGGGCCCCGGACGCGGUCUCGCCGUACAAGCUGCAGCCGCGGGUGCGGCUCUCCAGGGCCGAGUUCGUCCGCUGCUACAAGGACGUCCUCCGCAUCUUCUUCCUCGUCAUCGGCCCGCUCCAGCUCGUCUCCUUCCCGAUGGUCAAGUUGGUGGGAAUUCACACGAAGUUGCCUUUGCCGUCCCUGGCGGAGAUGGCAGCACAGCUGCUGGUGUACUUCCUUGUUGAGGACUACCUCAAUUACUGGAUCCACAGGCUUCUCCACGGGGAGUGGGGGUACCAGAAGAUCCACUGCGUCCACCAUGAGUUCACCGCGCCAAUCGGAUUCGCAGCUCCAUAUGCACACUGGGCUGAGGUGCUGAUACUCGGCAUCCCCUCCUUCAUCGGGCCAGCCAUUGCUCCAGGCCACAUGAUCACAUUCUGGCUCUGGAUUAUACUCCGUCAGGUGGAGGCUAUCGAGACGCAUAGUGGCUUUGAUUUCCCAUUCACCCCGACAAAGUAUAUUCCAUUCUAUGGAGGAGCAGAAUACCAUGACUAUCAUCAUUAUGUAGGAGGCCAGAGCCAAAGCAAUUUUGCUUCUGUUUUCACUUACUGUGAUUACUUAUAUGGGACUGAUAGAGGCUACAGAUUCCACAAAGCAUACCUAGCGAAGCUGAAGGAUCUGGGGCAAAAUGAUGGCAAAAAAGGAGAUGGCAACGGACUCAGCUAUGUGAAAUUGGAUUAG